AUGUCCAACAUAGGUUUAUGUACUGAUAUAACGUGUGAUAAUUCAAUUAAAGAAUUAUAUAAAUGUCAUUGUUGUUUACAAGUUGUUUGUUUGAAUCAUUUAAUUGAACAUGUUGAAAUAACAAAACAAAAUAAACAACGAUUAGAUAAUGUUCGUUAUGAAUUAAAUACAAUUAUAACAACACUUAAGUCAAUUGUUGAAAGUAAACUAUCCACAAUUGAACGUGAACAAAAUUUAAUUGAACAAGGAAAAAGACUUCUUGAUGCGUCAAAUAGUUCAAUUGAUGAAAUACAAAAUAUUUUUGAACAAAUUAAUCAAGCUAUUCAGUCAAAUUGUUUAGAUGUGAUAGUGAAAGUCGAGCCAUUAUUAUCGGAAACUAAAAGUUGUUCUACUGUUGGUCAAUGUAAUAAAGAAAACAUAAAUUCAAAUGUGGAAGAAUCUGAAAUUUCAGAAAAUGAUAGAUGUUCAACGUUUAUUGAUCAUGACUUUAUAGAUAUAUCAUCAAUUGAUGAACCAAUAAAAUCUAUUAAGGAUCAAGAUAUGAAUAAAGAAAAACGAAAAGGAAUUACAACUGUAAUUGGUCAAUGUCCAUUAACAUUUGAUGGCGCAUAUGGUCUUACUGAAGCAAAACAUUCUAUUAAAUUUUGUGAGCAUACGAAAACUCGUCCAAUCAGAUUAUAUAACCAUUUUAUUGGCAAGCAUAGAUUAAAACCAUAUUAUGCUCGACGUUUAAUACGAGCUAUUAUCAAUAAUAAAGAACCUAAAAUAACAAAAUUAUUUGAUGAAAAUGAGAAUGUAGUUUAUAAUUUAUGUAAAGUUUCAUGUCCAUUUACUAAAAAACGAAUUCUUUUACCAGGACUUGCUCAACCAAUUGAAUCAAAGGUACAAUGUCGAUGUCAUAAAAUUCCAUUGAAUGCAUUAAAAUCUCAUCUUCGAGAUUAUCAUCAUGUUUCUGAUGCAUUCGCAAAAGAUUUAUUUGAAUGUAUGGAAGAAAUUCGAAAUAAUAAUGAUACUACUUCGACGUAA